AUGCUCAAAAAGAAGACGAUGAUUGCCAUGGCGAAGGAGGCGAUUCUGGAGGAGUUGCACAUCGAAAGUUUUCCUGAUUUAUGGCCGGGCGGCAACUACGAUCUUCUAACCCAGCACCCGAUCCCCACCCAACAGCUUGAUGUUGAAUAUGCGCAAGAAGACCCCGGGCCGCUCUUGAAACUUGUCGCGGAGUACAAAAGCACCCCACAGCUAAAGCUUAUGAUUAACCGAAAAGAAACGACAACCAGAUGGGCUGAGACGCUGGACAAAUUGCUACUCGUCCCCAACUUCACCAGCUAUCGUUUCCUGUGCAAUGACGUCUUGUGUUCGGUGGCUGGAAUUCUGAAGCUCGUCGAAGCUUGGCGGGAGGGCCAGAAGAGGAUUCGGUUCUUGCAGGUUUUCGUGGCUGGGUCGCGAGAGGACCUGUUCAAGCAACUCGACGGUAUGUUUCCCAUUGAUGUCCACAUCAACGGCCGGCUUCACAACACUAAAGCAAUCUCCGACCCGUCCGGGGUUUUGCUCGAGGUAGUGGCCAUGGACUGCCAUAGCAGGAAUGCGUUCAUGCUUUGGUUCCAUACGAUCAUCAUCCCAAAGAUUCCGCUCUGCUAUCGACUGGACGACGACAUAAAAGAA